AUGCAGCGAUCUGGUGAACUCCUACAGUCAAUCCCCAAAAGAAGGAAACCGGUGUUGAUUGAUCACGUUGACUCGAGCACGAAUCUCAAAUGUCCUUCGCAGACAAAUCUCUCCGCUAAGUUUCUGUCACAGAGCUCUCAACGAUUGGAAGAUGCGCUAGGUUCCUUAGGUUCCUCCGGGAACUUCAAGCAAUUGCCUGGUAGUUUUACUAGUAUCCGGGAGCUUACUGUAUCUUGUGUCAGCAAGAUGAGUCCUACUCCACCACCGCAGCCUGAAGAAGCCGGUCGACUGUUGACCACAGAUAACUGUGGGGUAACCCAAAUUUUGAUCAUAAAACUUAACGAGCACCCCUGGAGUCUGGGCAGAAACCAGCAGGCGGAUUUGACUAUCGAUAAACCGACGGUUUCAAAUUGGCACUGUAAAUUAUAUGCAAUUGAGUGUGAUACUGGAGAAAGGAUAGUUUGCCUUGAAGACCUCUCCACUAACGGGAUUCGUUACAAUGAUCGAUUGGUUCGCAAAAAAGCGGUGAUUCUAAACAAUGGUGACCAAGUUGAGAUCGCUGGCCAAGUUUUCUCUUACAAGCAUUCCUGUCCACCUGGGCAAGGUUCUACGAGCACUACAGUGGGCAAGUAUCGAAUAACAGAACGGGUGUUGGGAUCAGGGUUUUUUAGCGUGGUUCACCUGGCCAUCAACCAAGAAACAGGUGCUCAGCUGGCCUGUAAAAUUAUCAAGCGACAGACUGGUUUUAGGCAAUCAGCAAGGGAGACUAAGAAAUUUCAACAGGUUGUUCAACAAGAGGUUAAGCUAAAUGCUAGUCUUGAUCACCCCAACAUCAACAAAAUUCUCGGUCUUAAACAGGCCAAGGAGAACAUUUACAUUUUUCUAGAGCUAGUAACUGGAGGAGACCUAUUCGGAUAUGUCAACCGGAACAAGAAGCUUGACGAAAAUGAAGCAAAGUUCAUCUCGUACCAACUAGCUCUCGCCCUUGAGUAUAUGCAUGACCAAAAGCAGAUAUCGCAUAGAGACAUCAAACCGGAAAACAUUUUGCUGGCUCAUCAUGGGCCUGAUCCGAGAGUAUUGCUCGCCGACUUUGGAGCGGCCCGUUUAGCCGAUAAAGCAUUUUGCAGCAUGCAGGGAACAAUGUCAUACGCCGCUCCGGAAGUCUUGACGGUUUACACGCGACCUCAAGGUUUGCCAAACACCAUCUCAUUGCUUGGGCAGUCCAUUCACUUAUUUUGCUCUUCCAAUCAUGGGAAUGAAGGUUACGAUGGAAAAAAAGCCGACGUGUGGUCCCUUGGGUAUAAACCCAUUGCUCAAAAGAAGUGCUUCAGUGGUUUUCAUCCAUUCGAUAACAGUCAGCUCGAGAGCGCGGAAGCAGAAAGAAGAGAAAUUUGCAAAAUCCUCAAGUAUAACGUUGAACCCAGCGAAGUUCAUUUUGUGAAGAGUGUGCUGAAGCCAGCAUCUAAAGACGAGGCGGUAAAAUGUAUGUCUGGCGGAGGCUAUAAAGAAGGUGAAAACAAGAAUGAUUUUUUUCUUGGACCUCCGAAGCACAUGGCGGUAUACUGAUCGUGAUGGUGAAUUCUCUAUUGAGGAGCAGUUCGAGAAUUGUUGAAGCAAAU